UCCCGCGCGAGGGUUUUGGUCUUCUCUCUCUCUCUCUGCUUGGGAGCGGCGGGAACGGAAGGUAAUCGGAGAGACACUAAAGGCUUCUGCUGGUUCAGCAGAGGAAAGGAAUCGAAAGGCGGCAGCUCCAAUUGGACGGAGAUUACCGCUUUGUUGUCCAGAUCUGGGCGGCAAUUUUGGCUUGCAGGUCAAAUUUGUUCUUCAGAUUCAGAUCUGUUGGGGUUUUGAUGAGUCCAGCAUCUUCAACCUCAAAGCCUUCCCUUACAGCUUCCAUGGAUUCUCCAGCUGAUAGCGGAGAGAUUGAUGCUGUUGAGUCUCGUUUCACUGAGUUCUGCAAGAAUGUACUGUCAUUGGACGAGAGCACGUUCUCACAGUCCGUGAAGCUGUUUAGAGAAACCAAGCAUCUAAUGUUGAGUAACUUGUCCACUGUCGGAAGCAUCACGGCUGAGGAAGCAGAACGCUACUGGUUUUCUUUUGUCCUGUAUUGUGUGAGGAGGUUGAGCGGAAGGAGCUCGGAAGAUGAACAUACAGAAUCCAAGGACGAUGGUUUUACUUUAUGCCAGAUAUUGAGACUUGCAAAUCUCAACUUGGUGGAUUUCUUUAAAGAGCUUCCUCAGUAUCUUAUCAAAGCUAGAGCAAUCUUAGAUCAUAUGUAUGGUGCAGAUUGGAAGAGCAAACUCGAGACAAAGGAGAUGCAGGCAAAUUUUGUACACUUGAAUCUCUUAAGCCAGUACUAUAAACGUACAUAUCGUGAAUUAUUCCAUGCAAAUGAAGAUAAGCAAUCUGCUCUUGUGAGCACUACUGAGUUGGUGAAUGACUAUCAGCGCUUCGGAUGGUUGUUGUUCUUGGCUGUUCGUGGACAUGCUUUUAGCCGGUUCAAGGACCUUGUAUCAUGCGUCAAUGGCCUGGUGUCUGUGUUGGUCAUUCUGAUAAUCCACGUCCCUACCCGCUUCAGGAAAUUCAAUGUCUGCGAUGAUCCGCGAUUUGCUAUGAAAACCGAUGAGGGUGUGGAUGUUGUUGGAUCACUUUGUCAUCGUCAUGACACCACAGAACAAAUGGUGAAGGAAACACUAGGAAGUGCCAACAAGUUAAUAGAGGAUCUUUUGAAGAAAAUCCCUUGUGCAGCUUCUGAAUGCAAAGCAGAAAAUCUAGAAAAUAUCAAUACAGAGGGUAUGAUCUAUUUUGAGGGCCUUAUGGAGGAAUCAUCUAUAUCAUCCAGCCUCAAUACAUUAGAGAAGGAUUAUGAGGAUACUAUUCGUAAUAAAGAUGAACUGGAUGCAAGGGUUUUUGCUAAUGAGGAGGAUAGCUUGCUUGGAUCUGGGAGCUUGUCUGGAGGUGCCAUCGAUAUUCCCUGUGCAAAGAGAAAAUUUGACUCAUUAGCCUCCCCUGCAAAGACCAUCACGAGUCCACUCUCUCCUCACCGGUCUCCUGCAUCUCAUGUUAAUGGCAUUAUCGGAGGUACUAAUUCGAGGAUGGCUUCUACUCCUGUUAGCACUGCGAUGACAACUGCCCGGUGGCUUCGGAAUGUCAUCUCUCCUCUCCCAUCAAAACCUUCAGCAGAAUUAAUGAGGUUCUUGACGUUGUGUGAGAGGGAUGUGACUCAUGAUGUAGUACGUAGGGCUCACAUAAUAUUGGAAGCUAUCUUUCCGAGCACUGCCCUUGGAGAUCGCUCUGUCACUGGUGGGCUGCAAAGCGCAAAUCUGAUGGACAAUGUAUGGGCUGAACAGCGAAGGUUGGAAGCAUGCAAGUUAUAUUACAGGGUUUUGGAAGCUAUGUGUAGAGCGGAGGCCCAAAUUUUGCAUUCUCACAAUUUGACCUCUUUAUUGACGAAUGAAAGGUUUCACAGAUGCAUGCUUGCCUGUUCUGCUGAAUUAGUUCUGGCAACACAUAAAACAGUUACGAUGUUGUUCCCUGCUGUGUUGGAGAGAACUGGGAUUACAGCUUUUGAUCUUAGCAAGGUGAUUGAGAGUUUCAUUAGGCAUGAGGAAUCUCUUCCAAGAGAACUAAGGCGGCAUCUGAACUCAUUAGAAGAGCGGCUCUUGGAGAGCAUGGUGUGGGAGAAAGGCUCCUCAAUGUACAAUUCCUUGAUCGUUGCCAGACCCUCUCUCUCGGCAGAAAUCAAUCGUUUGGGCUUGCUAGCAGAACCAAUGCCAUCCUUGGAUGCGAUUGCCAUGCAUAUUAACUUUUCCACAGUUGGACUGCCUGCAUCACCUUCUGGGCAGAAGCACGAGGGUUCCCCCGGUCACAAUGGUGAAAUCAGAUCUCCUAAAAGACUUUGUACUGACUUCCGGAGCGUCCUAGUGGAAAGAAAUUCUUUCACAUCACCGGUGAAGGAUCGACUUUUAGCCUUUAGUAAUAUGAAGUCAAAGCUGCCACCUCCUCCACUGCAGUCUGCUUUUGCCAGUCCCACGAGGCCAAAUCCAGGAGGUGGGGGAGAAACAUGUGCAGAAACUGCGAUCAAUAUAUUUUUCAGCAAGAUUACUAAACUAGCUGCUGUCAGAAUCAGUGGCAUGUUCGAAAGGUUACAACUCUCUCAGCAGAUGAAGGAGAGCAUCUACCGGCUCUUCCAACAGAUACUCAAUCAGCGGACAGGCCUUUUCUUUAAUCGUCAUAUUGACCAAAUCAUCCUCUGUUGUUUCUAUUUGAUGGCAAAGAUCUCUCGAAUAAAUCUAACAUUCCGGGACAUCAUCUGCAACUACCGUAAGCAACCCCAUUGCAAACCACAAGUGUUUCGAACUGUGUUUGUUGAUGGAUCAUCAGCACGGAGGAACGGGUCGCAGAGGACGAGACACGAACAUGUCGACAUUAUUACAUUCUACAAUGAAACAUUUGUUCCGUCUGUCAAGCCACUUCUGGCAGACCUUGGCCCUGUUGGAGCAGAUACAAAACCCAACCAGGCUCCAGAUGCUGGCACUGCUAAUAAUGCUCACUGUCCUGGAUCACCUAAGAUAUCUCAGUUUCCAAGUCUUCCGGAUAUGUCCCCCAAGAAGGUAUCUCCAGCACACAAUGUGUACGUGUCUCCAAUGCGGUCAUCCAAGAUGGAUGCCUCAAUAUCUCAUAGCGCAAAAAGCUACUAUGCCUGUGUUGGCGAGAGCACGCAUGCUUAUCAGAGCCCAUCCAAGGACCUUGCGGUCAUAAAUAACCGUCUGAAUGGAAGCACCCGAAAGCUCAGAGGCGCACUCAACUUUGACGAUGUUGAUGUUGGCUUGGUCAGUGACUCGAUGGUGGCAAAUAGCCUCUACCUUCAGAAUGGGAAUCGGGUCUCUCCACCUGCUGCACCGAAAUCCGAGAAUCCCGAAAUCUAAUAUUUAUGAUGUCUCGGUUUCCCUGUCAUAUGUAUAUUCCAGCUUUCUCUGGGUUCUGAUACUGGGGUGGGAAAUAUGGAAACGUAAAAACUAAGGAGGGGGGUAUUUGAGCGGCAAGGUAUCAGUCUCAUAGGUAUAGCUGCCCCGGCCCCUUUGUUACUCUCGCACUCGCACGCUUUUGCCCCAGUGGAAGUUUAGGUAGUAGCAUUUUAAAUAAGAUUUUGUAUUCGCCCCAUUUGUAGUUAUCAUUACUCGAUCUUUCCUUUGUCCAAAAAGUUGAAUGGCUGUGCCUGUGCAUGUUCUCUCCCUC